AGAUCAAGUACCCACGGUCCCCUACAGAGAGCAACUCCUCCUACAGAGCACGUUCCCACGUUCUCCUACAGAGAAAGUUCCCAUGAUCUACAGAGAUCAAGUACCCACUGUCUCCUACAGAGAGCAACUCCUCCUACAGAGCACGUUCCCACGUUCUCCUACAGAGAAAGUUCCCAUGAUCUACAGAGAUCAAGUACCCACGGUCUCCUACAGAGAACACGUUCCCAUGAUCUCGUACAGAGAUCAAAUACCCAUGAUCUACAGAGAUCAAGUACCCACGGUCCCCUACAGAGAAGAACACGUUCCCAUGAUCUCGUACAGAGAUCAAAUACCCAUGAUCUACAGAGAUCAAGUACCCACGGUCUCCUACAGAGAACACGUUCCCAUGAUCUCUUACAGAGAUCAAAUACCCAUGAUCUACAGAGAUCAAAGAUCAAAUACCCAUGAUCUACAGAGAUCAAGUACCCACGGUCCCCUGCAGAGAGCAAGUCCCACGGUCUCCUACAGCGAACACGUUCCCACUGUCUCCUACAGAGAGCAAGUUCCCAGGAUCUCCUACAGAGAUCAAGUACCCACGGUCCCCUACAGAGAGCAACUCCUCCUACAGAGCACGUUCCCACGUUCUCCUACAGAGAAAGUUCCCAUGAUCUACAGAGAUCAAAGCACGUUCCCACGUUCUCCUACAGAGAAAGUUCCCAUGAUCUACAGAGAUCAAGUACCCACUGUCUCCUACAGAGAGCAACUCCUCCUACAGAGCACGUUCCCACGUUCUCCUACAGAGAAAGUUCCCAUGAUCUACAGAGAUCAAGUACCCACGGUCUCCUACAGAGAACACGUUCCCAUGAUCUCGUACAGAGAUCAAAUACCCAUGAUCUACAGAGAUCAAGUACCCACGGUCCCCUACAGAGAAGAACACGUUCCCAUGAUCUCGUACAGAGAUCAAAUACCCAUGAUCUACAGAGAUCAA